AUGACGGACACGGUCACCGGUGUCCACGCCGGCCACCAUCCGGGUGAGCAUGGCUCGCACACCAGCUCCGACAUCACCCCUCCCAACCAUCUCGGCGCCAACGUCCCUUCUGGCCACUUCGAUGAGAAGAAGGAAUAUGGCAACACCCACGCUGGGAACGACAUGCCGUCUAAGCACGCUACAGUCGAGGACGACGAUGAGGAGGAGGAGGAAGAGGACAUGGACGCUCUGAUCGAGGAGCUCGAGUCGCAGGACGCUGGUAUCGAUCCUGAGGGUGAGGAGGAGGCCACCCAGCCCGGUGGCGCUAAGCCGGUCCCGGAGGAGAUGCUCAACACAGAUACUCGCGUUGGUCUUACCGACGCUGAAGUCACCGCCCGCCGUAAGAAGUACGGUCUCAAUCAGAUGAAGGAGGAGAAGGAGAACCUGAUUCUCAAGUUCCUCAUGUACUUUGUCGGUCCCAUCCAGUUCGUCAUGGAGGCUGCCGCUGUCCUUGCUGCCGGUCUUCAAGAUUGGGUCGAUUUCGGUGUCAUCUGCGCCCUGCUCUUGCUCAACGCUGGUGUCGGUUUCGUUCAGGAAUUCCAGGCUGGGUCAAUUGUCGAGGAACUCAAGAAGACCCUCGCUCUCAAGGCUACCGUCCUCCGUAACGGUGCACUGACUGAGAUCGACGCCCCGCAAGUCGUCCCUGGUGACAUCCUUCAGAUUGAAGAGGGUACUAUCAUCCCCGCUGACGGUCGUGUUGUCACUGAAGACGCCUUCCUUCAAGUCGAUCAGUCCGCUAUCACUGGUGAAUCCCUCGCCGUCGACAAGCACAAGGGUGAUACUUGCUAUGCUUCGUCGGCCAUCAAGCGUGGUGAGGCCUUCAUGGUCAUCACUGCCACUGGUGACUCCACCUUCGUCGGUCGUGCUGCUUCCUUGGUCGCCUCUGCUUCCGCCGGCACUGGUCACUUUACUGAGGUCCUCAACGGCAUCGGCACGGUUCUUCUGAUUCUUGUCAUCUUCACUCUGUUGGUCGUCUGGGUCGCCUCUUUCUACCGCUCCAACCCGAUCGUCCUCAUCUUGGAGUUCACCCUGGCCAUUACCAUUAUCGGUGUGCCUGUCGGUCUCCCGGCUGUCGUCACCACCACCAUGGCCGUCGGUGCCGCUUACCUCGCCAAGAAGCAGGCCAUCGUCCAGAAGCUGUCUGCCAUCGAGUCCCUGGCCGGUGUCGAGAUUCUCUGCUCUGACAAGACUGGUACCUUGACCAAGAACAAGCUCUCUCUCGCCGAGCCGUACUGCGUUGCCGGUGUUGAGCCUGAAGACCUCAUGCUUACUGCCUGCUUGGCUGCCAGCCGCAAGAAGAAGGGUAUUGACGCUAUCGACAAGGCUUUCUUGAAGUCGCUCAAGUACUACCCAAGGGCUAAGAGCGUUCUGUCCAAGUACAAGGUCCUCGACUUCCACCCCUUCGAUCCUGUCUCCAAGAAGGUCCAGGCUGUUGUUGAGUCGCCUCAGGGUGAGCGCAUCGUCUGCACCAAGGGUGCCCCGCUUUUCGUCUUGAAGACCGUCGAGGAAGACCACCCGAUUCCCGAGGACAUCGAUGAGGCCUACAAGAACAAGGUCGCUGAGUUCGCUACCCGUGGUUUCCGCUCGCUUGGUGUUGCCCGCAAGAGGGAGAACUCGCAGUGGGAGAUUCUCGGCAUCAUGCCUUGCUCUGAUCCGCCACGCCACGAUACCGCCCGUACGAUCAACGAAGCCAAGACUCUGGGUCUCAGCAUUAAGAUGCUUACUGGUGAUGCCGUCGGUAUUGCUCGUGAAACUUCUCGUCAGCUUGGUCUCGGUACGAACGUCUACAACGCUGAGCGCCUCGGUCUCGGCGGUGGAGGGGAGAUGCCCGGCUCUGAGGUCUACGAUUUCGUCGAGGCUGCCGAUGGUUUCGCUGAGGUCUUCCCGCAACACAAGUACAACGUCGUCGAGAUUCUGCAACAGCGUGGUUACCUCGUCGCCAUGACUGGUGACGGUGUCAACGAUGCCCCGUCUCUUAAGAAGGCCGACACUGGUAUUGCCGUCGAGGGUGCUUCCGAUGCCGCUCGCUCUGCCGCUGAUAUCGUCUUCUUGGCUCCCGGUCUCUCUGCCAUCAUCGACGCUCUCAAGACUUCCCGCCAGAUUUUCCACCGCAUGUACGCCUACGUUGUCUACCGUAUCGCUCUGUCGCUGCACUUGGAGAUCUUCCUCGGUCUUUGGAUUGCCAUUCUCAACACUUCCCUGGACUUGAACUUGGUCGUCUUCAUCGCCAUUUUCGCCGACAUCGCCACUCUCGCCAUCGCUUACGACAACGCGCCCUUCUCCAAGACCCCCGUCAAGUGGAAUCUCCCCAAGCUCUGGGGCAUGUCGACUCUCCUCGGUGUCAUUCUCGCCGUCGGUACCUGGAUCACGCUCACGACCAUGUUCCCGUACCAAGAUGGUACUCUCAACGCCCAUCCUGGCCAGGGUGUCCGCGGUGGUAUAGUUCAAAAUUUCGGUGUCCGCGAUGAAGUCCUCUUCCUCCAGAUCUCCCUCACGGAGAACUGGUUAAUCUUCAUUACGAGAGCCAAUGGACCAUUUUGGUCGAGCAUUCCCUCUUGGCAACUUUCCGGCGCGAUUUUGAUCGUCGACAUCAUCGCUACGUUCUUCUGCUUGUUCGGCUGGUUCAUUGGUGGACAAACCUCCAUCGUCGCCGUUGUUCGAGUGUGGAUCUUUUCGUUCGGGGUGUUCUGUGUAAUGGGUGGCGUCUACUACCUACUCCAGGACAGCAUCGGCUUCGACAACCUCAUGCACGGCAAGAGCCCCAAGAAGGACCAGAAGCAGCGCUCGCUGGAAGACUUUGUUGUCUCACUCCAGCGUGUGUCGACCCAGCACGAGAAGACCGCAUAA